AUGUGUUGCAAACAAAGUCGAGCUGUAGUUAGAGCCACGCCCACACGCCUGCGUGUGCUAAGCUAUAGUGGACUGCUUUUAUCUAUAUAUACGCUAUAUAUUAAACUGAGAUUGGAUCAGGAUGCCAGCUAUACGGCGCUGUGUGAUUUGGCAGAGCAAGUUAGCUGCACAGCUGUUUUCAAAUCUGACUAUGGACGUGGCUUUGGACUCACCCAGCAUUUAUUUGGACCCAGCUCUGACUAUCUAAACCCACCCAAUGGCUCCAUAGGCAUUGUAUUCUAUCUGCUGCUGCUGUUUAGCUCUUACUUUGAGCGGCGCUGGCUUUGCCAACUGCAAUUGCUGCUGUCCGUGCUGACGCUGCUGCUUUGCCUUUAUCUGGGCGGACUGCUGCUGCUGGUGCUCUACGAUUGCUGCAUCAUCUGUGUGCUCAUCUAUGUCAUACACACGCUGCUCUUUAUGGAGGUUUAUGGUCGCUACAAACGCAUCUACAUUAACAAAACGGCCAUCGAGUGA